AUGGCGGAGUGCCCCUCGCGCAUCCAAGAAAACACGGAGAGACACUGGCCACAGCGUGCUCAAGACAGCGGCGACCGCUAUCGAUCACAACGUGCAAACGUCGCUCAAGAAGAAGACUCGGGCGACUACCUCUUUUCGAUCGGUGAAACGACAUCUGCAAAAUCGAGCGACAUCUGGCUGGUCGACUCCGGGGCGACGCAGCACAUGACGUGCUCCAAGAAGUUCAUGCGGAACUACAAGGGGUUUGACGCUGUGGAUGUCCAUCUCGCGGAUGAUGGAAUCGUCCAAGCAAUCGGCAGUGGGGACAUUGUCAUGUCGAUGAAGACACCCCAAGGGAUGAAGAAAGGUGUGCUCACAAACGUGUGGCACAUCCCAAAGUUAUCCAGAAACCUGUUCUCGGUCGGCCGCUUCACCAAGGAUGUCGGCCCAGUGACGUUCACGAAGGAUGGGUGCUAUGGAAAAGCGAAAGGGACCAAGUGGAAAAUUGGCGCCCGUGAAGGUAAAGGACUGUUCAAGCUGCAAAUGACUCCAGUGGCGCCGGAACAAGCAAAUGCAGCCAAGUCGUCGGGAUGUCAAGGGGGCACCAAGUCGUACCUCUGGCACCUUCGGCUUGGCCACAUAGGUCACGAUGGACUCAAUUGCAUCGUGACGAAGAACAUUGGAAUUGGCAUCGACAUAUCUUCGGUGAAGAAGUGGGACGUGUGUGAAGGUUGUGCUCUGGGAAAACAGACUCGAGUGCGCUUCCAAUCAAACACUACAGCUCGCACCUCCAAACUCCUCGAAGUGAUUCACAGCGACGUAUGCGGACCGAUGUCGAUGGCAACUUUCAGUGGAAAACGGUACUUCGUGACAUUCAUCGAUGACAAGUCAAGAUACUGUGUCGUCUAUCUGCUCAAGAGCAAAUCUGAAGUUGCGGCGAAGCUCAUGGAAUACGCUGCGAUGGCCGAAACGCAAACCGGAAAGCGCGUGAAGUACCUUCAAAGCGACAAUGGGGGUGAAUACAAGUCCGACAAGCUGGCACGAUUCUGCGCGGAACGGGGAAUACAACAAAGGUUCACACUGAUGAACUUUAGACUUCUUGGUCCGAGUGCAAAACGCAAAGUGAAUAUAUAUUUAUAA